AGGUAGGUUAAUCGUUAUUGUCUUGUCGUGAAAGUGCAGCUGGUCUAAAAUUAUUAAUGAAAUUGGAUCGAUACAUAAAGUAUUUUGGUUGCAGAAACCUCCAUGGUAGCACCAGAUGACAGACUAAAGGAAGAGACUUGUGUUCUUAUGAAAGAGGUUGAGAAUCACUUGGCAUUACAUUUUGCUGCAAUCAAAUGCUUACAAAUGUAAUAGCCAACUUUUGAAAGGAAAUAUUUCAAUAUAAUGGAGAUACCAGUUAUAAUGGAUCAUGAUAGUGGUUAUGUUGAAGCCUUGAAUCAAGAAGAAUAUGUAAAUAACUUUUCUCUUGCAAUACCAUCCAUCUAUUUUAAUGAAGAUGCCCUGCUUGAAAAACCUGAUACUCUCACGGAACAGUUUAUUUUACCGAAAGAAAUUGACGAUAAAGAUAAUGAAGAGGCCAGGGGAUUAUUGUUCACCCCAGACAAAAUAAAUAGUUCUGUGCAGAGUGCUCAAUCAGUUUAUAGUGGAUUAGAAGGAACCGAUUCGAGUGUUGAGUCAGAUGAAAUCCCAGUUGGAUCACCCAUAAUUGCUUAUGAGGAGGCUUCGUUUAACCUUAGUCAGCCAGAUAUGUCAUUAGAAGAAACUGCAUUAGAAACAGUUAUAAUUGAAUGUUGUACAGAAGAUAGGAAAAAGUCUAGCUCUGAAAAAGGCUUUAUAUUUUUUUCCAAAGAGCAGCAAAAUUUUCAGAAACCUUGUUUAGAAUUGGGUGCAGAAGAAGGAGUCAAUAACUCCUCUUUGUUAAAAAAGAAUAAUUCUUGCUGCAAUGAUGCAGCAGAUAAUGACAAGGAUUUAGAGAUCAUACCAGUAUGUGAUGAUACCACACCCUCAAUUAAAAGAAAAAAAUCAUUUAGCAAUCCAUAUGGCGAUGGAAAUAUUAAAAAUGGCCAAUUUCUAAGUACCACAAUACCCAAAGAGAAAAGGAGAUUAACACUAAUAUUCUCAAAAACAGAGGACAAUAGUUUUUCUGUGAAACGUAAACACCCAAGUUUAGGAUUGACACCUGAGAAGAAAUAUGAAAACCCAAUAAUCUCUGACAUGAGUCCUGAUAUUUUUGGUGAUGAUCAAAUAAAGGAUGAAGACAAAAAGUGUUUCAGCAAAAAUUUGAGCCAAAUCAAAGUAUCAUCUCCAAAUCUUGAAAAGUAUAUGAACACACUUGAUGAAAAACUUAUUAAAAGGGUACAGAAAGGCAUAAGUGGUGUCCUGCCUCCACCAAGUGUGACUGUUGUUAAUAUAUCAGCUUCAGAAAUUUUAAAUAAACUUAAGGAAAAUAAACAAUACUUUUGGAAUGAAAAUUGUGUUAAAAACACACAGAACACAAGUUCCACAAAAGAUUGUUCUCUGGAGACAAAUAUGGGAAGUAUCAUAGGUAGAUCUCUCUUAACAAAUAUUGCGAGCAUAGAACAAAUCCCAUUUGAUAAAUUUCCUGCAGUUUUAGAAUAUCGGUAUCAUGGAUUGCAUCACAACUGCAGCAGUGUGUCCGAAGAGAUAGAAGCUCUCUGCGAGAAGUAUGCCAAACGUUUCGUGGGCGCGGAAACUCAGUCCAGUUGCACAGUUUUCGAACCUCCUGCCGUAGUAAGUCCAUCCAAGCGGAAAAUGUUGAAACCCAAGUGGAAUGCCAAAUCACCAGGGCGAAGAUUGAGUCAUCUGGCGCGACGACGGAUAACGUUUUCCAGCGCAAAUUUGCAAGCGGGAGGGUCUUCUUUGGCGGGUCUGAGAGCAAGACAGAUUUUGGUGGAUGGAAGGAAAAUGGAGUUGCUUAAUCGUCAUAAGAGUCCCCGAAAGACGCCAAAGAAAACCCCAAUCAAAAGCCCAAGGGUAAAAACUAGGACACCUUCGAGUUCUGCCAAGAAGAAGUUGGCUCUCCGCUUCCGCAAGGUUACGGGCGAAAUCGAAAAGUCAGUGACUAGCUGGUCUUCAGAAAACACGUCCUCCAAACGGGCACUGUUUAAAAGUCCUGAUAAAAGCGCCAGGGUUGGUAGUCGGACGAUGGGAAUCAGUUCCAGCAUGGAAAAAACUUCAUCUGGUAGGCGUGGUUAUUCAGGUUCAUCCGAAUUCAAUUUCGCCGAAAAUGACCGAUUGCAACUCAGACGAGCCUUGUUUACAUCCCCUCGGAGAGAUUCGCCUGCGAAGUCCAUGAAGUCGCCUUUAAAGCAAAUCUUCAAUUGUGGAGACCGGAAACGCAAACGCGGCGAUUCCGAGGAUGUCCAGCCGUCGAAAUUCUCCAGAAGCAUGUCGGUAGAUCUGAAAUCGGCAGUGUCCAAUAUGAACAAAAGCUUCACUAGAACCCGCAGUGACAUGGACAUUUUGCUCAAUAGGAGUCAGUCGCAAGCCGAACUUAGCGACAUUCAAAAAAAGAAGUUACAGUGGGCCGUGUACGAGGCACUUCGGACGCAGAACAUCGUUCCAGGUCACGCGCAGUUUAAAAUAUUUGCCUCGAUACUGGCCCGGGUGACUCGACGGUUUUUCAGCACCUAUGCCAAUGGAGCCAGCAAUAUUGCGGGUACGAGCGAAAAAAUGUUGAGAAUAGCAAAGCAUCAUGUGUUCGCCGUUGUGAAGGGGAAAUCUUUGGACGAAAUUGUGGCAGAGCACUUGAAAAAUAGGGCCCGGUUGCAGAAACCACAAGGGUAUAUUGGAUUGGAGGAGUUUAACAAUUUGAGAAACCAGACUAACUUCACAACCAAGGAACAACGAGUGUUGCAAGAUAGAGCCAACACUAUAGAGAGCUGGGAAAAAAGAAAGAUGGAGCAACUCGCAAAACCUGAAAGCAAACUGGAACGGAUCCGUAAAGUUAUUAACUUUGGAGAUGAUAGAUAGUUUCCCUGC